AUGCACAAUAAUUUAAUUAGUACUAAGUACGUCUUCACGAUCGUGAGCUAUUUAAUUGGCGUAUUCAUUUUCGCCACUAUAGUAGGACAAGUUGGAAACGUCAUCACAAAUAGAAAUGCCAACCGGUUAGAGUUCGAGAGGCUACUUGACGGCGCUAAAACGUAUAUGAGACACCACAAGGUACCUGGUGGCAUGAAACGCCGUGUUCUUCGCUGGUAUGACUAUUCCUGGUCACGUGGCAGGAUUCAAGGUGGAGGAGAUAUCAAUACCGCUUUAGGACUCCUUCCGGACAAGCUAAAGACAGAACUAGCAUUACAUGUCAAUCUGAGUGUCCUUAAGAAGGUUGGUGAAGUUGCAAGAGAAAUGUUCAUAAUAGCCGAUGGAAUACUUGAAGUUAUAUCAGAGACUGGUCGCGUGCUGACAACCAUGAAGGCUGGUGACUUCUUCGGUGAAAUAGGCAUAUUGAAUUUAGAUGGACUAAAUAAGAGAACAGCUGAUGUAAGAUCAGUGGGUUAUUCGGAACUAUUUUCACUAUCUCGCGAAGAUGUAUUAGCAGCCAUGAAAGAUUAUCCUGAAGCUCAAGAAAUACUUCAGACUCUUGGCAGGAAAAGACUGCAAGAAGCAAAGAAUAUGUCUAGGAAGCACGCUAAAGGUGACGGAAGCCCAGAUAAGGCACCUGGUGAUGACAGUGGACCAAAAAGGAUUGUUCAUAAGUUGAGGAGUGAUGUAAAGGGUAUUCGCAAUGCAAUAAGGAGUAGAUCACGAGCUACUCGUCGUUCAGGUGAAUCUUUAGAACUGCAAGCAUUAGCUGGCGCGGAAAGAGCAGCAGCUAGUGACGGUAAAGUUCUCAGAAGAAUGCCUCGAGUUGAAAGUGAUGACUCUCAGCCACAUAAUCAAGAGGAUAAUAAUGGCGAGGCGACAUUAGGUAGUAAAGAUGGAGAAAAAUGCAUAUCACCGAUUGGUGCUGGUUUACCAUUACUAUCACGACUAAAACUGCUUAAAGAAAAACAGGAUCGUGAAGAAAAAGUGGCGAAACAAAGACAUUCAACGUCAUCGGUGGUGUCACUACCUCCCUCUCAACCGACGCCAUCAACAAGUUCAGCUCCUGAUGGUGAACCUGAGGUUAUUGGAGCUGGAUUACCAUUAUUACAAAGACUUCUACUUCUGAAAGCAAAAGAAGAAAGGGAGAAACAUCAACUUACACCAGCAAACAGUAACCAACCUUCUAGUUCGGAUACAAUCAGCCCAAGUUCAAUAAAAAGCCCUUUAAGCCCAACUGUCAAAACACUUAGCCCGAUAAGAAAAGGAUCAGAAUCAAGUAGCCCAGGAAAACUGCAAAGUCCUACAACGAAAACUUCAAGGAAAAAUUCUUCAGGUUCGAGUGAUGGAACGUCUCGUCCAAAAGUUAGUUUUAAGGACAGAAUACUGCAAGUUCAAAGCGAUGGUACUGCCGUGUGUCAGCCCUUAAAUAAAGACAUAAGUGAAAAACCAGCUGCAGUAGUGGAACCAACGCCAAAAACGGAAAGUAACUUGAUUUCCAUACCGCAUUCAGUUGUCAGUAAAAUAAAAUCUCCUGCCAAAGUCGUGGGUUCUACAUUUCGUGAUAAACUAAAAUUACUACAAAGUGGAAAUACUCAUAAAGACGCAGAAAAUUCUUCAUUAGAACGAAAUAAACCAACUUUAGUGGAAAAAGCUUCUGUAGAAGUAAUACCAUUACAAACAAUGGACACAAAAGAUGAUACAAAAAAUAAAAAACCGUGGUCGAAACUUAAAAAAGCCGCAAUUUUAGGAGAAUCUAAAAGCCAAAGUAAAUCUAGUUUAGAUGAAAAAAAAGAAACUGGUAGUUUUGCCAAGGAAAGUAAAGAAGAAAGUAAAACAGAAGCAAAUGUAAAUAUUAGUAUGCCUAUAGUUACGACGGCAGAGCUUGUUAAAAUAGACAAUAAUAAUCUUGAAAUCGAUAGUGAUAAUGUUAAGCAUGAUAAGCCUAAGAUUUCCUUAACAGGCCCUUUGGAACCCGUCCAAGAAAAAUCUUUAGAUUUAUUAACAUUGUCACCGAAGAAGAAUGUCACAAGACCAAUCGAAUCUAAGUUGGUGGUAAGUGGCAUGUUACUGCCAAAAGUUAAGAAAUAUAGAUCUAUAGAUGAUUUAUCGCCAGAAUAUGGAGGUCUUCCUUUCGUUAAAAAAUUAAAAAUUCUCAAUGAAAGACAAAAAUUAGCUGAACUUGAGAAAGUGGUUAAAUAUCGAAGUUCCAGCUUAGAUUGCACAAGUUCCUCAGAAGAUCUCUUAUGUGACACAUUAAUAAGAAGUCAUUCUGAAGGUAGCACUAUGGAUAAACGAAAGUUCAAACGGAAAUCAAUAGAUUCCGUAGGAAGUCACGAAUCAAAUGAAACUCUUGAACGGCGAUCGCUUAAAUCAAUUUUAAAAAAGCUAUCAGAAGAUGUUACGCCAUCUGAAAGUCCUGAGCGAAGUAACGAACUUCGUAGAUUAAUAAGAGCUCCUACAUUAGAGGGGUAUGCUGCAAGACAUUCUAAGUUUGCGAAAAGUGUUACUUUUCACAGGCAUACUCUUCCGUCACCUCCAGGCAGUGCACCCGCAGAUGCUAAAUGUGAUAUUUUUAAAAUGCCAGAAGGACAUUCUAUACCUAUAACUCAGAUAUCUACUGUGCCAAUAACCGACCCUGAAGAAGAUGCUGUUUUUGCUCCAAAAGAAACUGUUACAUCCGGAGACGAAAGCCUAAUCAGAACUCAAAAUUAUGGCAUAAAUAUAAGUGCAGAUUAUGAUUUACAACAAAACAUAGACCCCAUGUAUGAUUUGAAAUCGCUGAGGCCUGAAGAAAUUAAAGUGCCUUCUGAGAAACCUAAAUUAACGAUUAUAUCAGCAGUUGCAAAUCAAAGAAAACUUCUAAGGGGUUCUCUUGAAGAACAAGAAUACUUCGGGGAAGUUUUAUUAGGAAUAAAACAAGUUAUACAGGGACAUUUGCAUGACGUUCAAGGGAAGUUUCAAGAAAGGUUCAAUAGCUUAGAAAAUGAAGUACGGAAACGCGAUGAAAUUAUUAGUCAACUACAGAAACGUAUUCAAGAACUAGAAAGAUUAGGUUUCACUAGCGUCACUACUCCUACACAACCGAGUGAUACAGAAGAUCCUAAUGUGGAAGAUGUACAAAAUGUAAAGCCUCUUUCAAAGAAUGGUAGUUCGGGUAGUGAAGAAGCUUCCGGUACAGAAGAAGGAUUUAUGAGAGGUGAUUCUCUAGAUACAGUUUUUGCAAAAUCACCGCCAAUGGCUAGUGCCGAUGAAGAAGAAAAAGAUAAAAGUGGGGAGGAACAACCUGCAAUGAUAGCUCCUGAAGAAUUAACCGAUGACAGAUUAUCGGAAUUAACUGGAGGUAUAGAACUAGGAAGGCUCUCGUAUGCAGAAUUGCAGAGCUUAGCAGAGUCAUUGUCUAAUAGAUCUGAAAAGACUUCAUGUAGCAAAGAUGAUUGGACAGUAAGUAAAUCAAAGAGACUAGACUUAAAUUUAGAUGGAAAAGCUGGUACCUAUUCGAGGAAACGAGCUGCGAAAUUGAGACAAAGGAAAUCUUGGGAAGAUCAAAGUGAUCAGGAGAGUAUGGAAAUGCAAGAUUUAACUAGGCCAAUGUCUCCACAAAUGACAUCAGAAGAUCGGUCUCUCCUCAGUCCUGAGCAGUCUAGUCUCCGAAGCACCAGACGCGGCUUACAUAGCUUCCACUUUUUCGGCACCCACCUUGACACCACCAGAUCGAAAAUUAAGAAGACCCUGUCUGUGGAUACUGGGAUGCAUCAUACGGGAAGAAAUGAAAAAAAUAAAAUAGAACCAAGCAGGCAAAGGCACUUGCGCAAAUUCAGUCUGGGCUCCAUCUUUGGAUAUAACCGCGGAGUGCAAAAGCCAGCUGCAAACUGCAACGAGGUGGUUCUCGACAUGGGCAGCGACUAUAGCUGGAGUGACACAACAUCUACAUCGUCGAGCAGUGACUCAGAGUCACUCCCUCGAACGCCAAUGUUUGAAGAGUUUAUCGAAAACACCUCCCGCAGAGGGCGUGCUGGCAGUUCCAGUCACAGCAGCGUCUCACCAAUAAGAGGAAGUGGCGGGGAUUGGGAAGUUAUGAUGCUGGCUGAUGAGCUAGAAAAGAGGGAACGGGAGAGAGAACGCGAGGAAGCAAGGAAAUUACACUACCCAACUACACUUAGAGAUUUAGAAGAAGUAAGUUCAUGAAAUAUAUCAAGAAUUAUUAAUAAAAGUUUACUCAAACUCAAGGUGAUUUUAAUCGAAUCAAAUGGCGAUCUCAAUUUUCAUCAAAUCUUUACUCGUAAUCUUGAAACAUAAAAUCAAAUACUGGCACAAUGUCAAUUCAUUCAUUCAAUAACCACGCAAUAUUUAACCAAAUGGCGUAAGUGUGCCAUGUCAAUCGAUCGCGAUUGCAUUUGAAAAGUAAUCAUGCCGGUUUUAUUAGAACCACUUGCAUCGAAAAUGUUCACGUUUUCAGGAAUCAGAUACACCACAGCGCGAUGA